GUCUUCUCUAAUUUGCAUUGCAAGGAAAAGAGUUGUUGUCCUUGCGUAUUGAAAUUUCUGCCUAAAAGAGGAAACGCUAAUAGUAUUUGACAUUUACAUUGAAAUAUCGCUCAGAUAAAAUAUUCAAAAUGUCCAACCAGAAAUUAGUAACAACCCAGAAGCAGGUGGAUGAGGUGGUGGGUAUUAUGAGACAAAACAUGGACAAAGUUUUGGAAAGGGACAACAAACUUUCAGAUCUAGAUAACAGGGCAGAAUCAUUGCAAGCUGGUGCUUCACAAUUUGAAUCCAAUGCUGGUCGGUUGAAGAGAAAAAUGUGGUGGCAGAAUUGUAAGAUGUGGGUGAUCUUGAUUGUUGUUAUCCUUGUCAUUAUAGCUGUCAUUGUCAUUUGGGCAGUUGCUGAUAACAGUUCGAAAAAAUCAUAGAUCUACAAAGAAGAUUCAAAAUUCCAUGACAGUUGAAUCAGCCCAUGACAAUGCAAUAUUUCUUGUUAUAAUUUAAUUUCAUAGUAAACCACCAAAAAGUUUUGUCAAUAUGCUUAAUUUAAGUACAAGUUUUGAUGGGUCUUGGUAAGUUGUACAGGGGUCUUUGUUCUUCAUCUUUACUGAAGGAUUCUAAAUGCAGUAAAGGCUAACUACAUUCUACAUACGGUUGUGAUUUGCCUUUUUCUUUUUAAUAUUUUUUGUGUCACUAAGCCCUCAACAGAUGCAUAAGAAAGGCACAUUAAAAUGCUCAUUUCAUUGCAGUAGUGUUAUUUAUUUUGGAACACAGCACCUGAAAAUUGUAUUUCUAUGUAUGUCUGUGAAACAGUCUCUGCCCUACAUUGAUACAAAAUUUUAUUCUUUGGGCCAGUUUCUCUUUUGAUGACACUGUUAUAGUAGAUGUUUACUUAAAAGCUUUACAUCAUUGUUGUUCUAGGAUAACAUAAACAUGCUUUGCUCAACUUGGCUGCACUGCAUAUUGAUUUUCCUCUAUAUUUAGCUACAUUUCAGGACUUGCUUUUGCAUGUAGUGAUUAGCUAUUUUUUGCAACAUUUCUUUGUUGUAAUUAUGUUAAGUAAUGUAAUUCUUGAUUUAUACAUUUGAUCAAAUUAAACCACUCUCUUAGUUACCAGA